GCCAGGCGCUGCCGAACUAAGGAGGAUUAGGGUUUGGGUUAGAGAGCUGUCCGACAAGUAGCACGUCUGCUUAGCUGCUGGCGAUGGAAGAUGAGGAGUCGUGGCGACAUGUUGUUAUCAAGGCAUAGUCUGAAAGUAGUGGGCACCUUGAGCCGGUCAGGGGAGGAGGCUGGGGUCAAGGGGUGCAUAUGCAGCUUGUCAGCUUGUCGUCGUCACUUUCACAAGGCAAUUGAUGAGUGUUGCCCAGUUUAUCAGAGAAAACAGGGUAACGGUCGCGAGAAAGGCUCCUACUGUCCUUAAACAAAAGGACAAGCCCACCCAGGUAGAGAAAGAUAAGGAGAAAGGACAGCUGGAAAAGGGGAAGGGGAAAGAAGGAAGAAAGGAGGGGGUAGAGGAGGAGGGGGCAGGGAAGGAGAGGGAGCAGAGGACAGAGAAGGAUAAGGGUAUGAAAAGGGUGAUGGCUAAGAAAGGGGAGGUCAAAGAGAAGUUGAAGGACAGCGGUAAGGAUGCAACAAAAGGAGGGAACCAAGUGGAGAACACAGAGAGGCAGAAAAUUGUCUUUACGGAAAAAGGGAAACUUGUGGGCCAGGCUGCCCUACUCUGCAAGGACAUAGAUCAGUCGUCCCCAUUCGUUUUUGGCAGUGGAAAACCAAAAAAGAAGAAGGGGAAGAAGCACACUAAGGGAGGAGAGGCGAUAAAGGAUGGGGAACCAAGCGAAAAAAUUGAUACCCCAGCAGAAGGCCCCUCCCCAGAUGCUCAAGAACGGGUGGAACAACCACCUUCUCAUGCGGACUCUGACUCAGACUUGGAGAUGCUUGAGGAAGAGACUGAGCAGGUUUUCAAGCCCCCGGGCUCAGAGGCUGGAUCGGAACAGCAUCAGGCGGCGGGGGGGGAUAAUCCCGCCCUAGACCACAUGGAUUUUGCGAUUCCCAGCCUAUUCCAGGAGGGUCAACUACUGGCGGCGGAUGUAGUUGCGAGUCGGCUACAAAUUAUCUCAACAACCGGACAAUGCAUCCUCGCUCUUAGAGGCAUGCCCAUCAAUUGCGUGCAUUCUGGCAAGCAGUACAACAACUUCAAGAACGCGAUUAAGCGGUUAGAGGAAGUGGCGAUUUCUGCGCAUGGAGAGGAGCGAAUCAAGGCGUUGAGGGGAUGGCUGACAGCACUGAAGGACAUUCAGAAUGCUUGUACUGUGGAGAAGGAGAAGGAGAAGGAGAAGGAGAAAGGACACGAAAAAAAGGGAAAGGAAGAGCACGUGGACGAGAGCGGAGCUACAAUAGACGAUGGAGGAGCUGCCUCGCGGUCUGCGGAAGGAGACGACAACCCAAAUAUUUCCAGUAUGAAGGCCCAGACGGCGUUGUUUUAUGAUGCCGAUGUGGGCAAUGAGCCUCUCAAUUUCCGCGACGUGUUUCUUAGGAGCCGCGCUUUGGAGAACCUUAUGGUCUCUUUUAUCUUGGUACCACCAAGAUUACUAUCGUCUUCAGGGAAACAGGCAAGGGGCGUAGAAGAGACAUCAACACUCUCUACGACAAGGGAAGCUGAGCAGUCAGCUGCAGGCCCUUCCGAGGAGCCUGGAUCUGAUCAGCAGCUUGCUCUUGAAGCCCGAACUAAUGUCGACUCCGAGGCUGGUGCAGUCCAAGUGUUAUACACUGAGCCUUGGGAGGAGUCUAGAGAAGUUGACCUCCACGCCCACAUGGAGCAUCGGCUGCAGCUCAAGCAGCAACGCCGUGUUCAGGGGAGCGUGGAGCUGACUUUCUUUAAACUGCUCAUUAACCGCCGAUACAUCCGUGUGCUGAUUGACAGUGGUUCGACCACUAAUUUCUUCUCUCCGAACGGGAUUCGCAAGGCGGGCCUGGGUAUGAAGCAAGUGGAACUGCAGAACCCUCGCCGGACUCAGGUGGGCAACCAAGAGGUUGUCACUUCCACUCAUGCUGUCAAAGGUGUGCGCAUCACCUUUGACAAAGAUCGCACUGUCACACAUGAGCUGAAUUUUUACGUCCUGGACAAGUGUCCUUUCGACGCGGUCAUUGGCUUGGGCUGGCUAAAGGCUCAUUGCCUAAGGACCACGGGGGCGGACAACCAGCUCGUGGUACUUGACGCCAAGGGGAACGAGCGUACCUUCUUGUUAGAUGAGACGCGCGAGUCCCCUGUGACUCUUCUCAGUGCUAACAAAUUCUGCAGGACAGUGCGCAGGCGCAAGGAAGCUGAGUUUGUACAUAUAGGUCUUGUGAAGCCUCUCCAUGUGCCUUUUACUUCCACUUCUGUUCCACCUACUUCUACUGUAAAUGAUCAAUCUAUUUCUGAUCCAAAUACUUCGAAACCGGUUGUGAUUACUGUAAAUUCUCGAUCUGAUUUUCUCUCCCCUGAUGAGGAUGAUCCGCCACCGGAAAUCCCAGCGAACAUUCGCCUUCUAUUAGAUCGAUUUCCUGAAGUUUUGGCUGAACCUCGCGGAGUACCCGAGCGUCCAGUCAAACACAAGAUCGAGAUAGUAGAAGGGAGUGUUCCUCCAAAGGGCUGCGUCUACCGUAUGGGACAAGGCGAGUUGGAGGAGCUGCGAAGACAAAUUGAUGACAUGAUUGAUCGUGGAUGGAUUAGGCCUAGCGAGUCUGAGUUUGGCGCACCUGGAACUAUGAAUACGGAAGAGCUGCUUCAUCUUGCAAAUUCCCGGCAGAAGUUGUUGGAAAGAAAAGCGGCAUUCUUUAACUAUGAUAAAUCUAAGGGGGACCACAAAAUGACGGUAGAAAGGUUGAAGGGUUUGUCGGUGACGUUGAAAGAAGCGGUUCGAGAGAUGAAACUGAAAAUGGAAGAAAACAGGCAGCAGAAGCAUGAUGCCUUGUUGUACCGUUCGUCGAAAGCAGCUGAAGUAUUGGAGGCAGAGAAGGUAAUCUCUGCAGAAGUUAUUGCGUUGGACAAGAGGAGGCAGGCACUGGAAGCCGAACUGAAGGAGGUCAUGGCGGCCAUUACGGUCGCAACAGCGAAGCAUAUCCAUAUCCAAGAAGAGAAGGAACAGUUUGAUGUUGCAAGCAGCAAUAUUGUUGCUCACUUAGCUCAGCAGGAGGAGGAGCUUGCACAUAGAAUUAUGAGCCACUCUGUGGAAGAAAGUGCUGUGUCCAUGUGGCAGGGCUUCAUGCAGGACACAUGGGCUCUGCAAUUGAUAUGCACUGAGGAGCGGGACAAGAGAACAAAAGAUGCCGCUCAAAAGGCGAUGGCAGAGUUUCUACAAAUUGCAGCGAAGCAUUUGAAGUAUCGGCAGGAGGAACUUACACUGUUGUACAAGAGGCUGAAAUUCUGUUCCGCAGAGCUGGAAACCAUGCGGGUGAAAUCGUUGCAUGUUGAGGAGCUCGGUAUGGACACAGUAGCAGCCAACAUCAGUAGUGGGAAGAGGAGGCUUGAAGAGAAGUACCUGGAAGCUGAGGCACUGGCAACGAAGGUGUUUGGAGUUAUUGAAAGUAUUAGGAGGGAGGCGACCAAAUAUGCAGCUACAGUGCAGGAUGGGGAUGGCAAAGCGGCACUCGAAACCGUUCAGGAAUACCUGGCGUCUAUCGAUAAGCUUCAAGCGCAAAUCAAGGAUAUCGACCGGCCAGAGAUCAAUUGGGAGAAGGAGGAUGAGAAUGCGAAAUCUGGAUCGGAAACUGUUUCAGGAACGACAAGCGCUGAUAAGUCUGUGGAGAACUCGCCGGCUGCCACGCCGCGAGGUGGCGGACUCCUUUCCGGCGUUCUCGGCAGCCUGGCAGGCAGUCCACGGAGUCGGCAGGAGGGACGACAAUUGCAGUCGCCACGAGGUGAUGGCGACGCUGCCGCGUCAUCCUCACAUGCAACAGAAGGGAGCACUGCCGCUGCUGCCGGAGGUGCAGACAGCGAUGAGCAGGAUGACGACUCCUUCAAAGACGUAGAAAAUGAUAGUGAAGCUGGCACGGAGCUUGCGAAGGGUCACCUGGGAGAAGAUGCGUCAACGAGGGAAGAAAUUUCAGGGUGGGAGUUUGAUGAGUUGGGCCAAGAACCAGAUGUGCCGAAGGCUGGGGGGUCGAAAAAAGAUUUAGGUUUAAUUGACAAAAUAUGGAUGGGCAGCAGCGAGGAGCUACAGGUCCUCCCUGGCGGACGAUCGAGUAAGUGAGUCAUUAGCCACAGCUUGUCAUCGCCCUGAAGGGUGCCGAUAAUAUGAAUGGGCAGCGGCGAGGAGCUACAGGUCCUCCCCAGCGGCCGAACAAGCAAGUAAGGCGGCAAUCACACCCUUUCAUUGCCCAGAAAUGUGCUGAACAUAUGGAUGGGCAGUGGCGAGGAGCUACAGGUCCUCCCCUGCAGCCGAAGCAGUCAGCAUCGCCCAGGAAGGUGCCGGCCGGAAGGGUGCGGACAAUAUGAAUGGGCCUCAACGAUCUUCUUGCCGCCCACAUCUUCGACCUCCUGUCGCCUGUUAGUUAUAUCCAUCUCAUCUCGUUGCAGGUCGUCGUCCUCUGAUUUGUGUUGGAAUAUAGCGGGAGGGAGGGAAAGGUGUGUGUGUCUCAGUUGCCGCACAGUUAAAAACCGUAAAUCUUUUACAGCAUUGACUGUAAUUUUUCAACAAGCAUGCGACACAGCAAAUGUGUGGUUGGUUUACCACAUUUAAUUCGUCUGUGGUGGAUCUUACAUGUGAUAGUUUCGGUUUCAAAACACACCAUGCAGUGAAGUAGAACGGGGAUUUGUUGUACAGAUAUCAACAAUGAGUAAUUCUCAAGAUUACAGUUACUUUGGUUUGUGGCCCUUUCCUUUAUAGAGUGUGCGGAUAACCCGCUUCUGUUCAGUGGUAACCAGCGGUUCAAUAUUAACAGCAGUGUCAGCAGAGGGAAUACUUCAUCACAAAGACACUUCUUCUCAUGGACGAGGUGUUUAUUGAGUCAAGUGACGAGCGGAUUGAUAUCCAGCCCAGUUGAGCCUAUUGAUGUGAAGAACAGGCUAUUGGCAGGUGCAGAGAAUGGUUGCUGCCGUCAUGAACGCCGUAAUAUAAUUGUGCAUGCAACAC